CAGAACUGCUACGAGAUGGAGCGCUACCUGAAGGAUGAGCCCAGAGGGAAGGGAGGCGGUCCGGUCUCGGGCAGCAGAAACAAGUUGUCGGACCUGGAGGUGCCGUGGCUGACGUUGGUGGACGACAACGCUAAUCCCCAUAACUCCUCUAGGAACUCAAAUAGCAAUAGCUUCAUCAACGCUAGUAAACCAAAAAGAAGUAAAAACGUCGCCUCGAAUGCCUCUAGGAUCGUGGCUAGUAGUAGCAUGAGUUGCCUGAGACAAAUUAGUUCUAGUGUCGCUAGUCUGCGCCACGGCAUUUCCUCUGACUGUGAUGCCCUUAGUUUGGUUAGCGUGAAGCUCGAGCCCAUGGAUGGUGACAUCACCAUUAAGUGUGAACCCAUUGACUACGAUAGCUUGGGACUCGGAGUGACGAAGCAGGAGCAACUGUUCGGGUCUAUCAAGUCGGAGCCGCUGGACUAUGAGGACAAGAUGGGGGCUUCGGUUGACGAUUGUAGCGGGUCUGAACGGUCCUUAGACUCUGUGUCCUUGUCAUCGGCUAGUUCCUCAACGUCACUCACAUCCCUGGAUGGGGAUUUAGAGAGCAGACACGUCACCAUCAAGAGCGAGCUGUCCCCAGGUACCCUCAUCUCGUGGGGUGGUUCCGACACGGCGAUCAGGGACACGUUUGUGCACCGCGAUGGUUCAGAAAGGCCGACAAACGCGCGUCGAAACACUCACCCCCAAACGGUCGGGAGGAUUUUCACCGCCACCCAUAAAUUAUUUAGCGCUAAAUCUACCCCCAAUAUCAGCCCCCUCACUCCCCCUUCAUCCCCCGAGACGUCCCCCCUCGCGACACCUGCCCUCAUCAAACUACAUCCCUCGUCUCGAGCGGGCUCCACUUCCCUCUCGAAUAUCAUCUCCCUCACUCUUCCCCUCAAGCGGUCUCAGUCCCCGUCGAUUGGGGCUCAUAACAACACCAUCGCCAGCCGCACUAUCACUGGCGUCAGCAUCAACACUAACAGUGACAGCAGCAACGCUCUAUGCCACGUCAGCAGAUCCCUGACAUCAGUGAGGUCCGCUGACAGCAGUCCUGACGCCAAACGAAGGAUACACAAAUGCUCCUUCUCAGGCUGCAAGAAAGUCUACACCAAGUCCUCGCAUCUCAAAGCUCAUCAGAGAACUCAUACCGGAGAAAAGCCGUACCGCUGCUCAUGGGACGGCUGCACGUGGAGGUUCGCGCGCUCUGACGAGCUCACGCGCCACUACCGCAAGCACACGGGCGCUAAGCCCUUCAAGUGCCGACACUGCGCCCGCUGCUUCUCCCGCUCCGAUCAUCUUGCGCUCCAUAUGAAGCGCCAUCAGUAGACCUUGCGCUCCAUAUGAAGCGCCAUCAGUAGACCUCGCGCUCCAUAUGAAGCGCCAUCAGUAGACCUUGCGCUCCACAUGAAGCGCCAUCAGUAGACCACCUCGCGCUCCACAUGAAGCGCCAUCAGUAGACCGCCUCGCGCUCCACAUGAAGCGCCAUCAGUAGACCAACGCCACAAGUUGGCUGACGUCGCCAGUGUUUGCCACAAGUUUGUGGACGCUGGCAAGGGUCGACACAGGUUGACAUACGUCGGCAAACCAGCACGGUUGACAUGAAUAAAAAAACAUGUAGUUUCAUGGAACGUCGCUAGGGUGACGCGUGUUCAGUUUUGGAGCACGGGAUAACUUCGGUGGAAUUAAUAACAUUGUGAACGUUUUCAGUGGGCAACGUACGUCUCUUGGAGAGAGAAAUUGCAAAAGCGCAGCCAGUAAGAAAUGUUUGUAACUGAUUUGCACUGGAAAGCGUCUAUGUGUCCAGGCAAAACGUAUCAGGAGGCUGGCUGGAACGCGUUUUGUAGUUCAUGAUCAUGCACAUUUUAGGUUACUUUGCAUUCAAACUUCUCACUAACCUUACUUUUUUGUGCUGAUGUGCUGCUGAUGGUGUCCUGUGGUGUUGUAUACUGCGGUGUAGUGUGAUGCGUGUGGAGGCUGUGGCUCUAAGAUCCACCCAUGAGAGCGCACUCUGGAACGGCUAACGCUAGUUCCAGCGGCAUACUAGAAAAUACAUAAAUUUCUAUGGCUUGGACGUUGUUUCCAUUGGGGUGCAGUUUGAAUACUCGCUGCUGUUGAGGUGCAACGCUCUUGUCUUCAUAUUCCCUCGCACGCUGAGGCAUAACAAUAUGAGGAUGUUUUUCAAACAAUGUGAGGACUCAGGAUAUUCCCAUCACAAUUAGGGAAGUCCACUCAUCAUGUGCGAAUUUAAUGCAUCUCGUGAAAAUACGCCUUGCAUACCGCGGAAGUAUACCACGCAUUCCGUGGUAAAAUGACUAACAUCCCAUGCAUAUUGUGAAAAAUUUUCCACGUAUAUCGUGCGAUUAUUCCGCGCAUACGUGAAAAUAUACUUCGCAUAUUUUGAGAAUAUCCCUAGCAAACCAUAGAAAAAUGCGCUUAUCGUGAGUCACGCGCAUCCUAUGGAAAUUUCUCGCGCAUAUCGUGGUAAUAUCCCACGCAAGUCAAGGGAAAAUAAUAUUAUUUAGUUUGUAUUGGGUCUUCCUCAUGUGGAAGAGCAACUACGAGCGUCUGGUGGUACUGAGAGUACCUUUUGUGCAUGGACGAACUCUCGUCGGUGAUGGUAGAUUCAACAAGAAAAUGUGAUCGAAGCCGGUAGUGUUGACAUGGAAGUUGCAUCUAAGUUGAUGUUCGUGUUGAUAUCGGAAGAGUUUAAAGUGUUCAUCUAUCUCUCUACCUGUGACUUGACACAUGAUACUGUUCUGUGUGUGAAGUUUUCUCAAUUUCGAUGCGUAUUUUAUUACACUGUCAAAAUCAACAAACGUCUCUGCGACAUCAGCUGUGUUCACAGAAACCCCUUUCGUAAAUAAUAUCCCGCGUCUCCUCCUUGUGUUGGACACAAUUUCUGUAUAGGCAACAGCGCCGCGCGUUGCCUGGGGGGUUUGAUGGUAACAACAGGGGUCGAUGGACACAAAAGUGGCCUGUCUGCUAUAGUUGUACAUGCCAUAAUGUUACGCAAGAGUUGUUGCAUGCUAUAUAUGGUUUCACGCAACAGUUGUACAUGCCAUGGUUUCAAGCAACAGUUAUACAUGCCAUGGUGUUACGCAAAAGUUACACAGGUCAUGAUUUUAGAGUCAUGGAUUUACAAGACACUAGUUUACACCUAUUCGUUCAACACUCCAUUGGUUCAUACAUCGUUGGAUUUAAGGCAUGCAUUAAAACGCCGUGUGAUCACACCUCGGCUCUCCCGUUUACUUGUGUUCAUGACGUGAAGCAAAGAUUCACGCCAGAGACAACAAAGAGUAUUAGUGAACAAAUAUUUUUUAUAUUACUUUAAGAAAAUUAUUAGUUUAUUAGCUCUGGAAUUCUGUAUAAAGUCGGAGGGAAGUUGACGUUGUUGGCGCCCAGGUUGCGGGGGCACCGGAGUUGUGGUGUAUAACGUGUGGUUGCUUUGUAUGAAUUCUUUAUGGCUUUUCUAUGCAUUUUUUGUAAGAUAUUCAGUGGUAAGAACUAAAGCGAUUCCAAUCGUGCAACUUAUAAUAAGGCGUAUAAAUGUGUUGCUAAGUGUGAAGACUUUUGACCUUCUUGGGCGAGUGACAUGUGACAGGUCGUUGCUAUGAUACCGGCUCUCGUUAUUGGUUGUCAUGAAAACUUUUUCUUGUUAUUGGUUACUUUGGAAAAUGGAUAUUGAUAUUGGUUGCCAUGGAAAAACUUUAUUGAUAUUGGUUGCCAUAUCGACUGUUUCCCGUAAACGCUGUUUUUUGACGGUGUUGGUUGUAAUGAUUUUUUUCUGACCAGUUUAAUUGCCAUGGAUUAAAUUGCUCAUUUAAUUUACUGCCAAAAGUGUCAAAGCUUCAUCUGUAUGUGCUAUAAAUAUAGUAUUCGAACGUAUAUAUUAAAAGAAAUAUACUGAAUUUGGCCAUUUUGAAUCUGCAAAAAAUUGAAGCAUUUUCAAAAACCUGUACCAAAAUGAAUGGUCUCAAAACACGCAAGUUAUGAACCAGCUUCCUGUGAUGGUUAUUCUCCUCUGUGCAACAGCGAUUUAAUAUUAUCUCUCAACCAAAGUUUAUCAUCACUAUGUUCAAUUCAAUUCGUGAUGCAUGACAAGUUUAUGACUGUAACGCGUUUGGUUUCAAUAAAUCAUCCAUCCUCUCACCAACAAACAUUCGUGUUUGACGCGCACGAAAAAUCUUGCAAAGUUUCUUUACGCAUCAGCUGGGACGACGACUUGUCUUAUGUGAAGGCAGUGGCUUGAUUCUCAUACUCAUACAUCUCACUUUUCUUCCCCUUUCAUCAGUUCCUCCAUCAUUAAACUUGUACGUGCUGCUUUCAUCUCACUUUUCUUUCCCUUUCAUCAGUUCCUUCAUUAUCAAUCUUGUACGUGGUGCUUAUCUCACUUUCCUUCCCCUUUCUUCAGAUCAUCCAUUUUCAACCUUGUACGCGCUGAUUCAAUCUCACUUUUCUUCCCCUUUCAUCAGUUCCACCAUCAUCGAUCUUGUACGCCGCUGCUCCAUCUGUUUUCCGCACCAUAUUAAAUUCCAUGGCGUCGAACGCCCCCAUUUGCAAUGAUUAGAAACAGGCUCUGUUCUGCAAGCGAGUAAAUUGAAGAAAGUUCGUGAAUGUUGUGGAGAUAAAAUGUAUGUGGAGGACUCUAGUGAACGUUAG